GUCUCUCACCUGCACGCAACGCAGCCGGUAUCCGAUCGCAAUAAUAUAUCCGACGUGACAAUAGAGUGAAAUUUUUUAAUAUCUUUUACGGCACGUUUUAAGAUAUCGUUCGGAUUGAUAAAUCUCAAUUAUAAAUUGCAAUCUGCUUGUUUGUUCGAUAAGCUUUAGGAAAUUCAGUCGCAAAAUAUCAUCUUUCGGGAGUACAAACCAUGAUAAUAUCAUGAUGGAUUCACCGGAACCGUGAAAAUUUUUAUCUCUGCAUCCUGGAAAAUACGAAGUCUUAGAAAAAUGAAUAACGCCAGCGAGCGGACGCGUCUCGUGGACACCGGGAGGAUUGCGACGUCCACGAAACUCGCUUACGCUCUUGGACACGUCUUCAACGAUCUGGCGGCUGCCAUGUGGUUCUCCUACACUUUAAUUUAUCUUCAACGAGUGGCAUUAUUAGAACCCGUCAUCGCCGGUGCGCUAUUACUUCUAGGACAAGUCAUCGAUGCGAUUGCGACGCCUGUGUUUGGUUUCCUAGUCGAUCGUUACUGCAAAAAGAAGACUUGGCACGUUUUCGGUUCUGUCAUAGUCACCCUAUCCUUUCCCAUAAUAUUCGGAAAUUUCGCUAAUUCCGCUACGACGGCUAUGUUUUUAUACGUAAUCAGUAUUACAAUAUUUCAAACGGGUUGGGCAGCCGUACAGAUAUCUCAUUUAUCAAUGAUUCCCUCGUUAACUAAUUCUCUCCUGGCUCGAGCCGAUUUGACCGCAAUAAGAUACUCUGCCCAAGUUAGUGCGGCCGUGGUAGUUUUUAUAGUUACGUGGAUAAUUUUACCGACUAGUGGAGAUGAGUCUAUGGUUCAAUUGGAUCAGCAGGACGAUUAUAAAUUCAGAAAUAUCGUCCUGAUUCUCACGAUCCUCGGUCUGACCGCAACCGUUUUUUUUCACAUUUUUCUAAAAGCGAACCUCCUGGAACGAGAAACGCCUCAGAAAACGAACAUCGAGGAGCCGAUUGGAUCAUUGAACCGACGAAUGUCAUGGAUCGAUAUCACGAUCUUGUUGAGAGUCGCAAUGCUCUACGUAGCGAGCAGAUUAUUUAUCACUCUCAGUACAGUGUACUUGCCACUGUAUAUAGAAGAGACUGAAAUUGGCGGUAAGCAGGCGUUGGCCACUGUGCCAUUGGUCUCAUAUAUAUCCUCGUUUGUGGCCGCUUUAUUACUUAAAUACAUCAACAGAAGUUGCGGCACCAAGGUGUGCUAUUUUCUCGGUGCUACAGUAGGAUUAGCGGCGGCAGUCGUUACGGAAUUUGUCGCGGGUAAUACGACGGUCGUGUACGUCAUCGCCGUGUUAAUUGGCGCGGGAAGUUCCAUUACGAUGGUCACCGCAUUGAGCGUCACCGCCGAAUUAAUCGGCUCCAGAACGGAACGUAGCGCGCUUGUCUAUUCCAUCGUCACGUUCCUCGAUAAAAUCAUCACCGGUCUCGUAGUGAUAUUCAUCGAGAAGUGGAGAUGCAAUGACAAGGAACUUUGUUUCAAUUAUAACCGAGAUACAUUGUCCAUCGUGUGCGCUUCCUCGAUGACACUGGGACUCAUAACUUUGAUAUCUGUAUCGCGUUGCCUAACUUGAGACACAAUGACGGAUCGAUAAUGCCUUUCGCAUUAUGUCUGUAUAUAGAUUAUAAUUUUAUUUAUCCUCCCGUUGAAAAUACUGCCAAGGGACAAGCGAUAUAAAAAAAAAAUUGUAUAUUAAUGACGAUGAAUUUUAUUUCGUGAUAUCCCGUCUUAUAUCAAAAUCGCAAUAAAUCUAAGAAAAAUCCAUUAUCUUUCUUACAUUUUUUUUAU